AUGCUCCAUUCAACACUGGCCUUGUCCCUCCUGCUAAUUGCAGUCUCUUCCAACUUCGCAAUCGCCAUCAAAAAGGAGAAGCGAGCACCUCAGACGCUGUCGAGAGGGUGGGGAGAUGAAAUUACCUGGGUACAAACUUAUGAAGAAGGGCUUUAUCAAGCAAAAAAAAGUAACAAGCCACUGAUGGUAAUUCAUCAUUUAGAAGACUGUCAAUACUGCCAAGCACUGAAGAAAGCUUUUGCAGAAAAUGAAGAGAUACAGGAAAUGGCCCAAAAUAACUUCAUUAUGCUGAACCUCAUGCAUGAAACCACAGAUAAAAAUUUGUCACCUGAUGGACAAUAUGUACCUCGAAUCAUGUUCAUAGACCCAUCUCUCACAGUAAGAGCUGAUAUAACAGGAAGAUACUCCAACCGGCUUUAUACUUAUGAACCACAAGACAUACCGUUCUUAAUAGAGAACAUGAAGAAAGCAUUACGCCUCAUUCAGACAGAACUGUAA